AGGAGGAGGAGGAGGAGGAGGAGGAGGAGGAAGUGGAGGCGGCUGCGAAUAGCGGGCAAAUGGGGAGCUGAGCGGCUGCAGCAGCACCGCGCAGCAGCACCAGCAGCAGCAGCAGCGGAGCCGAGCCGGCAGCGGGCCGUCGCUCCGCGGACGCCGAGUGCGAGCAGCAGCAGCAGCAGCAGCAGCCGGGGCGCCCGGGAGAAGCGCGCCCGGCACCAUGCAGACCUUCCUGAAGGGGAAGCGGGUGGGCUACUGGCUGAGCGAGAAGAAGAUCAGGAAGCUCAAUUUCCAGGCCUUCGCCGAGCUCUGCCGGAAAAGAGGAGUAGAAGUAGUACAGCUUGACCUCACCAAACCCCUUGAAGACCAGGGCCCUUUGGACGUGAUCAUACAUAAACUGACAGAUGUCAUCCUUGAAGCAGACCAGAACGACAGCCAAUCUCUGGAGUUGGUGCAAAGGUUCCAGGAGUAUAUUGAUGCUCAUCCAGAAACCAUCAUCCUGGACCCUCUUCCGGCUAUUCGGACACUUCUGGACCGAUCCAAGUCUUACGAGCUCAUUCGGCAAAUAGAGGCAUACAUGCAAGAUGAGAGGAUCUGUUCACCACCCUUCAUGGAGCUGACAAGUGCCUGUGGAGAAGAUACCAUGCAGCUUAUAGAGAAGAAUGGACUGGCAUUCCCUUUCAUUUGUAAAACCAGAGUGGCCCAUGGAACCAACUCUCAUGAGAUGGCGAUCAUCUUCAACCAGGAGGGCCUGAAGGCUGUCCGCCCCCCUUGUGUCAUUCAGAGCUUCAUCAAUCACAACGCUGUGCUGUAUAAAGUGUUUGUGGUCGGGGAAUCCUACACGGUGGUGAAGAGACCAUCUUUGAAAAACUUCUCUGCUGGAAUCUCAGACAGAGAAUCGAUAUUUUUCAACAGCCACAAUGUCUCAAAGCCAGAAUCAUCAUCUGUCUUAACAGCACUGGAUAAAAUCGAAGGAGUAUUUGAGCGGCCAAACGACGACGUCAUCCGGGAAAUCUCGAAGGCACUGCGACAAGCUCUGGGAGUUUCCCUCUUUGGAAUUGAUAUCAUCAUUAACAAUCAGACCGGGCAGCAUGCAGUCAUUGAUAUAAAUGCAUUCCCAGGUUACGAGGGCGUUUCGGAAUUUUUCACAGAUCUCCUGAACCACAUAGCUGCUGUCCUGCAGGGUCAGGUACCCGAGGUGACCCAGCUAAACCGCAGCAAGCUCCUGGCUGAGCAGACCGGCGGGAUCAUGGACGAGCGGAUAUGCUGCGCGGGCACGGGCUGCCUCAGCGUCAUGGGAAAAGACUCCUCCUGGAUUGUGGAAAGCGAGACCAACAGCUCAGUAAAACUGCAACACCAGAGACUAGGCUGCAACUCGGCAGUGUCCCCCAGCUUCCAGCAGCACUGCGUCGCUACAUUGGCGACAAAAGCUUCCUCCCAAUAACUCGCCAGUUCCAUGGACUGAGGAGAAGCCGCAGGGAUACAAAUUGUGGUCCCAGAACCAGAUCAGGCUGUAACAGUACAAUUGUGAAAAAAGGAAAACAAAACGCAACACAAAAAAAAAGCAAAAUAAUUCAAAAAAACAAACAACUUCCAUUUGAUUUAACCUGAUUUGCUGAUGAAAUGGACUGAGAGGGAGAGGGUGGGAAAGUGAUUCAGAUCCAUUUCAUCAGAUUCCAGUUGCAAAUCUGUAGUGAGUUUACACACACGUGGGUUUUAACACUAGACCUUUCAUUGUGGGAGGGUUGCUCUUUCGUUUCUAUUGUUCUUUGUAAUCACUGGUGACCAGCAUUUUAAAAUCGGACCUCAUGGUUUCAAGAAGAUAAUAAUGUUGAAAGGAAUGUAUGAAUGUAACAGUGCUAGAGAUUUUUGCCUAAAAUGCUCCCCAUUCCCCUUUUCUAGGUAGGCCAUUGCAAAAGAAAGCUAAGACAGCUUCAGCGUCCCUAAACCAAAUCUCCUGAAACAUAUUCGGGGUGUUGCCAGGUAGCUUGCCGUGGGCCGCGGCACUCGGAGUGGCACCGAGCAGCCGGGCUGUUGGGUGCUCAGGGUGCACAACUGAUGGAGCCACCCUCGUCCCAGCUCCACAGCUUUCCCCCCAGGCCUCAUGGCUCCAGUCAAUAGCAGCUUCCAGCUACACUUGCCAACAGUGAAGUGUGUCCAGGCAGGCCGGAGUCUGAAAAAAAGGGUGCAGAUAGUUAGGUUGAGUGAUUUAGUUGAUCAAAUAUCAUCCUUUCAAUCGUUUGCUAGCAGUGGAAUCCUAAAAGAGCAGCUCAUCUCUUAGCAGGGUGUUUAAUUCUCCCUCGUGCACUUGGGAGGGCUCUGGGACAGCUCUGCCAGCAGGCUGCCGAACAGAGCCAGCCGCUUUCCUUGGAGCAGCACCCCUGGUCUGUGGAUCCAAGGGCUAACACAGUCACUGCCUUUUAUUUUCCUCUUGCAAGGUAAACGUGAGCAGAACCGUGUACCUGUAUGAGAUGGCAGGACGUGACAGUCCUAGCUGAGGGACCGCAUCCUUGUGUUGUCAGCUCCAGGGGAGGCUGUGUGGUAAUUUGCAGGAGUGCUUGGUGCGAUGUGGAAGCUAUAGCACAGCCUCAUCACAUCUCUUGAGAUGUGCAGUAAACCUACAGUGUUCCCCCUGUUGCACCUUCCAGCAAGGCAGCAUCUUCUGCUGCUGAGAAUUUCUGCAGCUUUUGCCAAUUCUGAACACUAAACUGGAAGUAUCCAAGUCUGUCAGUGCGAGAACGUAGACACUAUUUUGGUAGACUUAAAUGGCCUGUCCUUCCCUCUGCAAGCCCUAAAAUACUUCUGAAGGGGGUGGUGUUAAGAAAAUGUCCUUAGUUCAGCUCCUAGCUUACAGAUAUGGUAAUCUCCAUCUUUCUAUAGCAGGUAUGUGAAAAGCACCCAUCACUGCAGCAUUUAAUACCACUUUGUUCAGUGUCAUGUACUAGAUGCCUGCUCAGAAGGGAAGGAUCUAGAGUUUGAAGCCUGGGUAGACCACAGAGAGAGGAGUAAACUGUGUGAAUAAGUCAGCCCCCUACCUGAUGGUACCAGUCCUGGAGGGGAUAAUAUUUUGGCGAGUGUUGUGUAGCAAUUACUUUGUGCAAACCGGAUUUUCCCUGGGAGAGAUUGGGUUUGCUCCCCAAGUGCCAUUCUAGGGGAAUUUCUGUAGCCGGGACUGGAUUUCUGUGGGUGAUCUACACAAGAGAUUAUCCCACCGCUAGAGGGGUUACGAACUUUCAGGUGUUCCUGUAAGGACUGGGAGGACCUGGUCGGCGUGGUGCCUGUCGGAUCCCAGGGUGCUGCAGCUCAGCUGUGAGCCGGGCGCCCCUCACAGCCCUGGUGUGCUUCGAGGCUGCCGAACCCUGCGGUGGCUGCAGCUUGCAGGUCUGGGUGCUGCUGGUGUGCGUGGGUCAGGUAGAUGUACAUAGGCAAGGGUUUGUACAAGUAUUCCUGGUAGACCAAACCUUUCGUAAAGCCAUGACUGAAAUAAAAUCGACAUCGACAGUUUGGGGUUUGUUUUUGUUCGUUUGAAAUAAAAAGUGUUUUUAUGUUGCGCGUGUAACAAAAGAUACCCUCAGGAAGGAACUUGCCAGUGCUUAUUUUUGUAUGGUACUUUCUUGUAACCAGCUGGUGGAGUGUUUGUAGACUUGCCUUUUGCUCCCUUUAUUACAAUGGCUUGGGGUUGGGCUUUUUGUUGUUGUUGUUUUGAUUUGUUUUGUUUGUGUUUUUAAUUGGGUGGUGGGGAAGAAGCGAUGAUGUUAAAACUGGGUUGGUAACUCAAGACCUUUCAAACCAAGUAUGUUUACAUGAAUCUGAGCGUCGGAUCCAAUUGAAAUGUCUGUAUGCUGUUUCCUAGUUAGAACAUCAAAUAAGAAUUUUAUUUUCCUGGCUGCCUUCUGAAUUUUGGUUGGCCUAUUUUGCACUGCUUUAUUUCUCCAAAAUAAACUACUGAAAUAUAAUUGUGCAUUUUAAACUUGUUUACAAAUGAUUGUUAAAAGUUUAUUUUGUAAUUCUCUGAAGGCUUACAGAAAUGCUAUAUUUAAAUAUUACUCCAGACCUUGGCUGUAAUUAGAAAACAAGUUUAGGUCAUUGGUGUGAUCAGUGACAUUUUUCCCAUAGUCUGUAAUUUAUUUUUUAUUUAUCAAAUGUAUUGGUAUCACUUUAAUUUACCAGGUGCAAGUAUGCAGGUACCUGUUGUGAUGUGGCAUUACAAUAGAGUUGUCUCAUAAAUUACCAUGCGAUUGCUGUACUACUCUAUUUCCUUGCAGAAAUUAUUGUUAUGGCUAAGACUAUACUAGAUUGUUGCUGAAUCACAUGGGCAGAUAGGGAGACCAACUUUUAAAAGCCAAAACUGUAAAUUACCAGGUGUUCAGAUGUACAAUUACAUUACUGCGAAACAUUCGAGCAUGCAUAUGUUAUUAAGCCUGUGCUAAAGUGCUUUUCUGAAUUGCUGCCUCAUUUGAUAAGUUCAGGAUAGUUUUGAUUUACGAUAAGCUUCACAGUAAGUUGGUUAAUGUUCCGUAGUCUCUUCUUUUCCUUCUUUCUUUUUGUAAAAGUAAGGACGUAUAGUAAUAUUAGACCAUAUCAGAAUGCCCUUGCUCUUAAAAUUGCAGACAAUCUGAGGGAGAUUUUCCAUAACGUCUGUUUGAAUUCUGCUAUUGUGGGUUAGAAAAGGUUCUGCUGUGUUUUUAGAGGCAUAGUUAUUAUUGCGGUGUUGAUUGGAGCAAUUACGUUAAAAUUAAAUGGUCACCAGUUAGCUUCUUAUGGAUCUAUUUCUGUUCUGCUUCACUGUUAUAAAUCCACAAAACCAACAGUACCUUGACUGGAACUUCUCCAGGCAUUAUGUCAGCGUGAGGGAGGAGACUGGACUGUGAUUUCCACUCUAAUUAUGUGCUUGGCUUCAGUAGAUGGAGAUUUUGCCCGAUUGAAGAGAACUUGAAUGGUGUCAUUAGUGCCCAUGGCGCAAAGCCAUCGCCAUCAUCCUCCCUCUGUAGGGAUAUUUGCCAUGUUAUGAUCGGGUUUGCAAUGACGGCACCAGGAUGUUCAGAUCCUUACAGAAAGCCCAGCUGCAGACAGGCAGCCUGCACAAACGUGAGUGUUGGUGUUGAUGCCUGGGGUUCGUGUAACACACCCACCGCCUGACCCAUGCGUUUCUGCCUUGGCUAACCACGUGCCCAGCUAUUCCAGGCUCCGUGUGUAGCUGCCUGUUGGCUGGGCUGGUGGACGAGGUGUGCUGCUUUUAUUAAUGCCCUUCGGACUGUUGGGAUGAGAAAAUUGACUAACGAUCCCCAUUUGAAAUGCAUCAGUAUCUGCACAGAGGUCUGCAGCAGGUUGCUCUGAUGGAGAACCAGCAGCUUAAUUUGCUGUCCUGACAGAUGGAUAUGAACCAAGAAAUUCACCCUGUGGGUUCAGGAGGAGCUGACAGUAAUGAGGAUGGCUCGAGAUAUGGCCUGAAGUUCUCCUGCUAACCACAGGCUGUGUCCAGCCAGGGAGCAGUGGUUGAAGCAGUGUAGGUAAAAGCAGCAGGACACAGUCCAAAGGCAACAGAAUAAAGGUGGCCAGAGGUUUGAAUUGACUGGCAAAAGUCAUUAAUAAUAAUAGAGCAAAAAAGGAAAAUGGAAACUUUUGUUUCCCUCCAACAAAAAUAAGUUCCAGGCUUAUCAGUUCUUCGACUAACACUGGUUUCCCAAAGUCUUCGUGUGGCAGCAGUCACAAGUGAGUCGGGCUUUUUCACACUAGCUUACAGCCUUGCCUUCUUCCACAGCCGUGCAGAAAGUCUUGGGUUUUGUAUUUUUUUAGUGAAUAGAGUCUAUUUUGAGUCUGUAGCAGUCUUCCCAUGUGCACACUUGCAGUUCACUUGCAUUACCCUGCUAUUUUUUUCCCUGUCUCCUUUUUAGUAAGAGAUGUAUUGAUUUUUGUAUUCAGUAUACAAUUACUUUAUGGUGUUGCAACCGUGUGUUCUGUAAUAGCAGUAUGUGAAAAUGCUUUGUGUAGAUUAAAAUAUUUCCUUUAAUAUAAUCUCCUCUUGCUUUCAUAGAUAAACAGACACACCGUUGCAGAUCACAUUGCUGAUUUUAUUUGCAAUAUUGCUUUAAUAUCUAUUUCAGAGGAUUGUAACUUCCAGAAAAGUACUUUCCACAUCUUCACUACCUUUCCUUUCCCUGUUCACUCUGUGUGGAUCUCCAGGCCAUCAAAAGUUGAGCUUUUGACUGGGUGAGUUUCACAUCCUCUGUGGAUUCUGUCGUGUUUACAUGGCAACAGAAAUUACUGAAGCUUGGUAAAGUUUGAGAGGAUCCAGGUAUAGGUGGAGGUGUUAGAGUCAUCCCUCAGCAACGCAGGCACAACAAUACCCGUAGCAAGCAAAGGCGCUGAAUUGUUCUUGCUAUGUGUGUAGGGGACUCUUUGGGUCUGGUCCAUUCCUGCUGGUUGUACAGUUUCCCUGUGGAAGAAAAAAAUCAGUGUUAAAAAAUGUGCUGAAAUGGGGCGAGGAGAACUAGGGUUUGGGGGUGAAGUCCUGGCCAGUGGGCCCUGAUACCAACAUGCCAGGAUUCCUCUCCACCUGGUUGUGUAAUAAUCUGGGGAGACUUUUCCUCUCCACCUUUCUCACCCCGAAACCCUGGGGCUGACACCAGCAGAUGCCCAUGGGCCAUGAGCUCAAUUGAUGGUGGCCUUGCCCAGCAUGCCAUUAGUUUGCAUGGGGCUCCUGAUGCAUUGUGAAGUUUUUCUUGAUGGCCUGGAAAGCUCUUGAAAAUCUAGAAAUAGGUGAAACAGUGAACAGAGUUCAUGAAAAUCAGGUCUUCCUCUUCCAUCCUUUUUAAGGAAACCCACAUUUUAUUUCCUCCUUCAUUCUUUACACAGUAGUUUUUAGGUAUAAAUUAUUUUAACAUUUUUGUGUGAAAAGUCAUAUAUACAUAUAUAAAGUUAUUAAAAGGUUGAGUAUAUGUUGAGUAUAAAAUAGUGACUUCUUUGUUUCAGAUGUUAGCAGCCCCUAAAAAUGAGUUGUUUAUCCUCUUGUAAAGUCAGUGCUGUAAAAACAAAAAUAAUUAAAAAUAAAAGCUGUAUUAGAUGUAUCUUUUAUUAUUUAUUUCUCAUUCAGUAUGUGAUAUGGCUUGUGUAUACCCUUGUGAGGACGACAUACUAAAAUGCAGUCAUUCUUAAAAUCAAGUGACAGUAAUUCCUUGGGACCUUGGCAGUCCUGAGACAGCUGGCCCCCCUCACACGUGAGUCCUGUUGGAUGUUCUCCUUCACUCGCCAACCGUGCUCCCCACUUAGGCAUGGCUGAAACCUGGGGACCAUUCUUCAUGUGUGCUAGGUGUCACAAGGUCGUCAGUAUCUGUGUUCGAAUCCAGCUGUACAGUGUUAACAAGUGUGUCUUGUGAUUUGCCUCAGCCCUCUUCACUAUGAUUUCUGAAACACAAUUCCCGUUUUGUACUUAAAUUUGUAUAGGAAUGAUAAAAACCCUUAAAAGAUCAUGGCUUACUGUAAAAAACAGAAGUAUUUGCUAUUUGGCGUCUUUAAUUGCAUGACUGAUCAGAUCUGACAAUGAAGAUGGUGUUUUCAUCUAACAGCAAUGAUUUCAAUGGUAAUAUAUCCUUUUUUUUUUUUUUUUCUUUUCAUUUUUUAUUUUGCCAAGCACCUGUGAUGGACAAUGUUUUGAUUUCACCAGUAAAGCAAUAUACAGUAGGUAUUGUGGCAUUCUCUCUGUAAUCGUUUUGAAGACAGAACUGUCCCUUUCCAACACAUAAUGAAAAUAAAUGCCUUAUAACAAG